CAUUCCUCAUGACAAACGAAGGGCGACUAUCUGAGAUGCUCUGCAGGUUGUUCCCACCCCUCCCUCUUGGAGGCGUGCAACACCUCGUCCUCCGUACCCUUCCGCCAGUUCGCUAUGAUAACUCCGACUGGACGUUCUCAGACUCGUUUGGGCAGGCUCAGGACCUCCGCUUUCUCUGUGUCGAAGGCCUGGCGUGCGAUAGGCUCAUUCAUGAGCUAACGCCGUCGGAGCACCGCCCAGGCAUCCUCUUCCCGGCCCUCGAGGAGCUGAGAUUGUCCAAUUUUGCCGACUUUCAAUCGGAUCGCUGGUUGACGCGGAUCGUGGAGUGUCUCAAGCAAAGACAUCCGGAGGCACGCUUGCGAAGUCUCGUGUUUGAUGACCCGUGCAUAAUUCGUUGUUAUGUAGCGGAAGUGCUGGAUUUUGUGGACGAGUUGGUCUGUAUUUCUCGAAAUGAAGAAGGGAAGAUUUUGUGCCGCCGGCGUUGGCACGUUGCACACUGGUCUGAUAUGUCUGGUUCCGAUGAUUCUUUAUAGCUUUUCCCUGUAGACGAUGGUUCCU